CGUUGAUCAAUUUGUGGGGCAAGUACGUUUAUGGCAUUGGUGGCGGGGCUGGAUGCCCUUCACAUAAAUCUCGUUCCUGUUAUGUCUGUCCUCGACAAAUGCUUCUUUGCCGCGUGGCACUUGGCCGUUCAUUCAUUCAAUUCAACGCCAUGAAAGUAGCUCACGCCCCUCCCGGGCAUCACUCAAUUGUUGGCCGACCUAGCGCAGGAGGCCUCAAUUAUGCUGAGUAUGUUAUCUACCGUGGGGAGCAAGCCUACCCAGAAUAUUUGAUCAUAUACCAACUAAUUCCUCCUGAUGAAGUCAGCGCAACCCCUCCUAGCUUCCCUUGCCCUACAUCUUCUGUUAACUGCACCCCACCAACAUCCAGUGCCCCUGUAUCUGCUGCCACUUCCUCACAAGCCUCCGUCCCCGCACCUGUAUCCAUCAGUCCGAUUUUACCACCUAUGCUUCUACAGCUAAAUACAUCUCGAAUCCCUUUAGGUUCAUCCUCCUCUUCAGUAUCCCCUCAGCCAUUUGUCAAUACUUCUUCUGAGCCAGAUGCCUCUGAUAUUCUACUAGGACCCUUUACUUCUCCAACUAACCCCUCUAACCCCAACGAUCAAGACCAACAGCAUGCUGCAGCCAACAGGUCCGCACCUGGGGGUCCGGGAGGACACUUGAUAAAGUCUUUGAUUUGUUCCCCUUGA